UGUCUUAUUUACAGGGGAAAAAAAACGAGCGUGAAAAUGAAAUUCCUGCAUGUGCUGUCAAUCGCUUUGGCAACUCUGAUGAUUGAGUGUUCCGCAUCCCAAAUGCAUUUCAAAAUCCCGCCUUUGAAAAGCGGACACAAAAUCGAUAGGGUUGAAAUUAGCAGCUGUUCAGGACCUGAUGCUAUUUUGCAAAUGAACAGUGCGGCCUUGUCACCGAGCCCGAUUGAAUACCCAGGAUCGGUUGUGAUUGCCAUGGACAUCAAUACGCUGCAGGAUAUUCCUGAGCAUAUGGAAAUCAGCUUGGACUUGACUUUGCUGGAUCCCUUCGAAAUUCCUGUGCCCUGUCUUGGUGGACUCGGCUCUUGUUCUUACAAAGCAUGUGAUUUGGUGACAACCAUGCCGGAGGUAUUUUGCGAGCUGUUGCCGGUAGAUGAGAACGGCGUUUGUUCUUGUCCAAUCAAAGCUGGACAUUACGUUUCUGAAGGGCUCGUCUUCGUGCUUCCGGACUUGGGAGAUUUGUUUGCUUUGCUCCUUCAGGGUCGCUACGAUGGAGAGAUUCAAUUCCAUGCUGGCGGAAACAAGUCCGAGCAGUACGGUUGCAUGGGGAUGUCAUUCGAGAUUAUUAAGCCAGAAUAGAAGCUCCAACGUGAUGAGAUUCAUUCACA